AUGGGUACUUUGUGUGCAGGUCCCAAUCUAUCUCUUAUAAAUCAUUUCAUCUCAGGUCUUAACAAUGAAUUUUCCUUGAAAGAUUUAGGGCCAGUACACUAUUUUUUGGUAGUAGAAAUUUACAGGGAUAGCAAUGGCAUGUAUCUUAGCCAAAGCAAGUACAUAACUGACCUGCUUACAAAGGUUCACAUGGAGGGAGCCAAAAGCAGUCCCAACCCUACUAGUCCUGCAACAAAAAUGAGCUUACAAGACAGUGAUCCCUUUGAGGAUAUCACUCUGUACAGAAGCACCAUUGGAGCCUUCCAGUAUUUGAGUUUGACUCGACCAGAUGUUGCUUACAUAACCAACAAACUAAGCCAAUUUCUUCAUGCUCCAACUGUUAAACAGUGGGAAGCUUGUAAAAGGUUGCUUCGAUAUCUAAAAGGCACUCUCAUAGAAGGGUUAUGGCUCAAACCAAGUGACACCCUACAACUUCAAGGAUACACUGAUGCAGAUUGGGCCAGCUGCAUCGACAAUAGAAGAUCCACAUGUGGUUAUCUCAUGUUUUUGGGAGAUAACUUAGUGUCUUGGUCAGCAAAGAAGCAACAUGUUGUUGCUAGAUCAAGCACAAAGAAUGAAUUCAGGGCCCUUGCCAAUGCUGCUGCAGAAGUUCAAUGGAUCACAUCUCUUUUAUCUGAACUUAAAGUUCCUCUAUCUCAACCACCUAUCAUGUGGAUUGAUAAUCAAAGUGCUACUGCACUUGCAGCCAAUCUAGUAUUUCAUGCACGAUGUAAACACAUAGAAAUUGAUCCUCAUUUCGUUCAAGACCUAAUAAUAGCAAGACAACUCUUAGUUCGCUAUGUUCCUUCUUUUGAUCAAGUUGUUGACAUCUUAACUAAACCAUUGACUACAGAUAGAUUUAAUUACUUAAAAGGCAAACUUCAAAUGGCUUCAUCACCAUUUCGUUUGAGGGGGGACGUUAGCUAA